UCCCUCCCUCCCUCCCUCACUCCCACCCCGGCCCGCUCCCUCCCUGGCCCCGGCCAGCUGUGCUGGGCUUCUGUUGGCCGCCUUGCGCCGGGCCCAGCAGCCAGCCUUUUGCCCGCCCUGCCGCGAUGGAGGUGCCCCAGCCCGAGCCUGCGCCAAGCUCGGCUCCCAAUCCUGCCGGCGUACGCGAGAGCGCCCAGCGUCCAGGCCACCUCCCGGGCCUCUGGCUGGGGACUCAUGGUCUCCUGGAGUCCCCGGAGCUUGCGGUCUCUAAGUCUCCAGUCACCACCCUGACCCAGACCAUGCACAAUCUCGCCGGGCUCGGCAGCGAGAACCCAAAGAGUCUGCCCUUUCGAAGCCGGCUGACACACCUAUCCCUGUCAAGGCGGGCAUCUGAAUCUUCCCUGUCAUCAGAGUCCUCUGAAUUUUCUGACGCAGGUCUCUGCAUGGAUUCCCCCAGCCCUAUGGACCCCCAGAUGGCAGAACAGACGUUUGAGCAGGCCAUCCAGGCAGCCAGCCGGGUUAUUCGAAAUGAGCAGUUUUCUAUCAGGCGUUUCCAGUCCUUGCCGGUACGGCUGCUGGGCCACAGCCCUGUGUUACGGAACAUCACCAACUCCCAAACACUGGAAAUCUGGAGGAAGAGUGAGGCAGGUGAUAGAGCUGCCGGCAGUCCUGGGGAAGACAAAGAAAAUGUGAGCUGCUUCUGGAAGGCCCAAGUGGGAAAUCUCCAGGGAAAGAAGGGGGCAUGCAUGCCUGGUGGUUCACUGGCAUCCGGUGAUGCCCCUCCUCUUGCAUCUCGCCCACAGAAUGGAUUUGUCUUCAAGAUGCCAUGGAAGCCCACACAUCCCAGCCCUCCCCAUACUCUGACACAGUGGGCCAGCCGCAGAGAGGCCUUUACCCAGAGGCCAAGCUCAGCCCCUGACCUGAUGUGUCUUACCCCUGAGCAUAAGAUGGAAGUAGAGGAGCCCAGCCCCUUGGCUCAGUCCUGCUCUCUGACCCCUGCUGAGGCAACUACUGAGGAAGAUGAUGGAUUUGUGGACAUUCUGGAGAGUGACUUAAAGGAUGAUGAAGCAGUUCCCCCAGGCAUGGAGAGCCUCAUUAGUGCCCCAUUGGUCAAGACCUUGGAUAAGGAAGAAGAACAGGACCUCAUCAUGUUCAGCAAGUGCCAGCGGCUCUUCCGCUCUCCAUCCAUGCCCUGCAGUGUGAUCCGACCCAUCCUCAAGAGGCUAGAGCGGCCCCAGGACAGGGACAUGCCUGUCCAAAAUAAGCGGAGGAGGAGUGUGACCCCCCUGGAGGAGCAGCAGCAGCCUGAGGAACCUAAAGCCCGUGUCCUCCGCUCAAAGUCCCUGUGCCAUGAUGAGAUUGAAAACAUCCUGGACAGUGACCAUCGUGGGCUAAUCGGAGAUUACUCCAAGGCUUUCCUUCUACAGACUGUGGAUGGCAAACACCAAGACCUCAAAUACAUCUCACCCGAAACGAUGGUAGCCCUGUUGACCGGAAAAUUCAGCAACAUUGUGGAGAAGUUUGUGAUUGUGGACUGCAGAUAUCCCUAUGAAUAUGAAGGAGGGCACAUCAAGACUGCUGUGAAUUUGCCUCUGGAACGGGAUGCUGAGACCUUUCUGCUGCAACACCCCAUCAUGCCCUGUAACCUGGACAAGAGAAUCAUCCUCAUUUUCCACUGUGAAUUCUCAUCUGAGCGUGGGCCCCGCAUGUGCCGAUUUAUCAGGGAACGAGACCGCGCAGCCAACGACUACCCCAGCCUGUACUACCCGGAGAUGUAUAUCCUCAAAGGCGGCUACAAGGAAUUUUUCCCACAGCACCCGAACUUCUGCGAACCCCAGAACUACCGGCCCAUGAAUCACGAGGCCUUCAAGGAGGAGCUGAGGACCUUCCGCCUGAAGACACGCAGCUGGGCUGGGGAGCGAAGCCGGAGGGAGCUCUGUAGCCGGCUACAAGAUCAGUGAGGAGCCAGUCCUGCCACCAUCCUGGCCCUGUGAGGUCCUGGUGCCUAUUGUACCAUGGGCCUUCUAGAGGCCUCAGGUGCUAUCCAGGGGAAAGACAGCAUGGGUGUCCUGUCUGUCGCCCCUGUCCCUGAUUUCCCUUGUCUCACUCCAGUCAUUUUCCAUACCCUGGUGCUAACACCACCCCUGGAAGACCCCAGCCUGGUGGGUUAAAACCAGGUCAGAGGAAAUAUUUUGUGUUCAGCAGGAACCUUUUUGCUUUUCUUCCUUCCUGUUUGGGUCAACUCUUUUGUCUUUCUGGUCCAGAAAAGUCCCUUUAUGUAUGUUUCAGCUGAGGCUGUUGGGAGAGCCUUGCCCCUGAGGACGAGGAUGGGCCAGGGCUGCCCCUGCCUCUGCAAGAAUCAUGGGUGUGUCUGCAUGUUGUCCCUUUCUUUUUCCUGUCCCUCUGUCCAAGCACCUCCAGUAUAAACAUAAGCUCUUACUCUUUCCUGUUGCAGUAUUACCUGCGUGCUUGAUUUGUUUGUCUAACUUUUACCUGUCUCAGGACACAAUCACUGGUUGUAGUCUCCCCCUGUCCAGUUGGGGUUAGAGAUUCAAACAGCAGUUACUCCCUGGUCCUGGCUUUUGUUGCCCCAGAAAGGGAUGUUAUUAUCUUUGGAAGUCCCUGAGGAAGGGGCUAAGGCCUGAAUCAGGAGCCUACUGGAGGCCCCAAUGCUGUGAAUCCUAGGGCCUGACUGGUCAGAACUUGCUGCUGUCCUGUCACGGAUGGAUGGAUGGAUGGAUGGAUGGAUGGACGGACGGACGGACCGUGGGCGGGUGGAUGGCCAUGGAUGCAUGGUGCCUUGCACACACAUGUGCAUAUAAAUUGAGUGGAAGCAUUUUGGUGAACAUGCUAGCCUGUGGCAGGAAUGUAUAUGUGAACAAAAAGUCUUUACACUUCGUUUGGAAAUAUUCAAGAAAAAAAUUGUUCAAGGAAAAAAUGUGGAAGCAGCUAAACCAAGGACUGAGCAACCUCUGGAUUCUGAAUCUCAAAGUGGGGGAAGGGUUGUGCUUGAAGGCCCCAUGAGACAUCUGUUAAGGCCUUGGUUCAAUAAAGCACUAAGCAAGUUAAGAAAGCAGCACUGUGAUCUCUGAAGCCCUUGACAAAACCAAAGCUGACCACAGUGGUGGGACUGGGGCAGGGAGCAGGCCAGCAGAGGCUGGAAGGCUUUCUAUUAAGGUAUCUCAGGUUCCCUUUCCAUCUUCUCUUGAAGUCUUCCAUUUCUUGUAUCAAAGACACUCCUGCCAGGACUUUCCCCUCAUCUGACUACCCAAGCAUUUCCGAGCUUACCUUCCCUAAACCCUACACUCAAUGGCAAGAGUAAGUGACCCCAGCAUGCCUCAAGAACUGUCAGUGGGAUGGGCUGGAGUUGUGGCUCAGUGGUGGAGCACUUGCCUAGCAUGUGUGAGGUACUGGGUUCAAUCCUCAGCGCCACAUAAAAAAUAAGUGGAUGAAAUAAAGGUAUUGUGUCCAUCUACAACUAAAUAAAAAUUUAAAAAAUCAUUGUCAAUGGGAGCCAGGUGCAAUGGGGCAUGCCUGUAAUCCCAGCGACUUAGAAGUCUAAGGCAGGAGGAUCAUAAAUUCAAAGCCAGCCUCUGCAAUUUAGUGAGGUCCUAAGCAAUUCAAUGAGAUCCUGUCUAAAAAUAAAAAAGGCUGGGAUGGGUUCAGUGGUUAAACACCCCUUGGUUCAAUCCCUGAUAUCAAGAAAAAAAUUGUCCGUGGUGGUACACACCUGAAAUCCUGGCUACUCCAGAGGCAGAGGCAGGAGGAUCACAAGUUUAAGAGCAGCUUCAGCAAUUUAGUGAGGCCCUUUCUCAAAAAGGGCUGGGGAUGUAGCUCUGGUAAAGCACCCCUAAAUUCAAUUCCCAGUACAGAGGAAAAAAAAAGAAAUCGUCAGCAGGACCAGGUACAGUGACAUACACCUGUAAUCCCAGUGACUUCAGAAGUGGUGGCAGGAUUGCCAAACUCGAGGCCAAUCUGGGCAACUAAGUGAGACCCUGUCUCAAGAUGAAAAGCUGAGAGCUCUGGGCAUCAUCAUACUGAGACUUGCCUGCUCCACCCUCCCCCCUGGUUUCAUAGGAAGGCAGCUGGAAGCAGGUCGCAUAGCAGAUAAGCAGAGCAGGCAUUCCAGCCUGCCCUGGAUUCUCACCCUUCACCUCCCACCUUGGUCCUAGCAGCCAAUGGGGCUGGAGGGCUGACCUGACCUGUGUCACUUGUGAAUGUCCUCUUCCUGCAUUAUCCAGAUCAGGACACCUGAACAGGAUGGAGCAUGGACCCAAUAUCUACAGCACCCAGGCCUGUGCCAGGUGCUGAUGUCCGUGCCACUUCUGUCCCACCAACAGAGUCAUAGUGGCAGUCAUGAGACACUUAGUAUGAUGCAAACGCUUUUAGACUUAUAGCCUCUUCAGCCUCCCUAGAGGACAUUUAGCUCAUUUUGCCAAAGAGGUGGGAGGUGGCCUCAGAGAGACACUUAGUCAAGUCAGGAGAAAAAGUCCCCCAAGAGAAGGCCAAAGUGAGUUCUGGCAUCCACCUUGAGGGAGGCAGGGACCUGGAUCUGGGCAAAGGAUGCUGUGGGUUUGCCUCUUGGCUUUUGACUCAGGCCAGGACCUGCUUCCUAUGGAAACUUCAGGACACCAGGAAGAGUGCCCCUUCUCCCCUUCCCCCAGCAGGGAAGCUUUAACUUUCUUCCUGGAUGCUCUUAAAGAGAAACAGAUCAGGCAGGGAGGCCUUUAAAAUCCUGGGCUGCCAGCCAGUUUUGAAGGUUGUUUUGCUGGGGCCAGGGCGGGGCAGGAAUUCCAGCCUGCCAGGAGCCCAGGAGCAGCCACGUGCUGUGCAUUCACAGGGUUAAAGAGCUGUGUGGAGUUGGGCACUAGCACAGGGAGCUGGGCGGUGCUGGCCCAGACAAGGCAGCAGGCACCAGUGGGGUCUAGGGGGGUGGGCAUGGGGGAAAGAAUUUCCAUCUGAUUCAUGGUCUGAGUUGCACACUCAGUCACUUUUUUUGCAAUGACAAUGUUUAAGGACACUUUUUUUUUUUUUUUAAAGGAAGAAUAUCCAGCAUUUCCUCAAAAUAACACAUCAUCAGCAUAGACUCUGGACCUGAAGAACCAACCACCAUGUGGGGCAAUAAAGCUGUUGGUGUGGUGAAGAAAGAAGUUUAGAUGGGAAGGUCCAUGGACACGUAGAAUCUGGAAUUAAUCAGGAAAGGACAAUUGAGUAAUGAUGGAGAAGUGGCUGCUUUGCAGCUGUCAAAGUCAUGCCUGGAGAGAAUGUUGGAUGAUGUGAGAGUAUUCACAAUGUAGUGCUCAAAGAAGACAGUUGAUUAUGGGACAGAAGGUAAGAAGCAUCCCCACCCUCCCCACACAGGAGUCUGUGUGGCUGCCAAGGAGUGUAGGGAGGGCAGCCCCACCCCACCCGCAUUGGCAUGCACCCCCCAAGGGGGGUGACCACAGCUGCCAGGCUCUGAGUCAGUGGGGCCUGGGGCAGCGGGGAGGGAAAGGGGCCUCACGUGGCUGGGCCCACACUGCCUUGUGGAGCCUCUGGCUGUCAGCCCUGCAGGAAGCGUGGCUGUUUGAAAGGACGAAUCACAUAUAGCCUAGUCCUCCUGGGGCCCAGCCAAGGCCACUUCCCUGAAAGGAGGGAUGCAUGGGGGAGGAGGGGUGUUCCUGUGUUGAAAAUGGGAGUACCAGGAAAGAAGGCCAUCCAAUCCAAUCCUGGAGUGGAAGGCAGCUCCCAGGGUUGAGUUGUAGAGAAUUAGCUGAGUUGGGGUUGGGGAAGGGUUAAUGACCUUCCAGAGAUCUGUGGGAAAGGGACUGAGUCAGAUUUGUGGUAACCAUGACCGGAUAUGGGAGAAGGAGACACACAAGGGAAGUGCAAGGGGCAGGCUGAAAUCUAUUGAUAUGUACACGUCCCACAUACCACGUGCAAUAUCAGGAAAGUUACUUAAUCUCACUGGGCCCCUACUUCCUCAUCUGUAAAAUGGGGAUAAUAAAGACUGUAUUUCAAAGGGUUGCAAA